CUGGAGUACUGAAACGUUUAUUUUUUUACGUUAUCCCGCUCAUAUCAUUAGCGCAAAAUGACCUCGAAGACAAACGGAGAAGCAGACGAAGACUCUCUGUUUCUCGAAAACGUCUUGGAUAAACUUUAUGACUUUGGUAAUGGACCAGCAUCCAAAAAGAAGUCUCAGAAGAAGAAAAAACGAAAAAGAUGUGAAGAAGAAGUUGAGGAAGAAGAGUUCUCAGCCGCAGAGAAUAUCUGCAGUGACCCCGAGGACGGCAGAGCAGAUCAUUCUGGCACCCAGCAGCAGCAGCAGCAACAAAAGACGGAGCAAACAGGUCCAGCCACCCAGCAGGUGAGUCAGGUGGAGGUGGUCACAUAUCAGGACCCCAGGAAGAAACUGAAAACCAAGCAGACGGCAGCUCCUGACCCAGUGCCUGCCCUUCAGACGACGGAGAAGAAGCAAAGUGACCAGAUAGAAGUUCUCAACUUGGAAAAGGCUCGUCUCGAGGUCCAUCGGUUCGGAAUCACAGGCUAUAAAAAGGAGCAGCAGCGUGUUUUUGAACAGGACAGAGCCGUCAUGCUGGGAGCUAGACCGCCUAAGAAGGACUAUGUGAACUACAAAGUGCUGCAGCAGCAGAUCAAAGACAAGAAGCAGAAGGCGAAGGAGGAGGUCCAGCCGGACCUGAAGAAAAAGAAGAAGCAGAGUGGUUCGAGGGACAGGAACAAGAAGAAGGGGGGGUCCUCUGGUUCUGACAAGGCCCUCACAGGUCAGGUGGGCCGCUUCAAGAACGGCAUGCUGAUCCUCAGCACCAAGGAGAUCCAGAAAAUCAAAGGCAACAAGCGAAGCAAAUAGGUGUGGGUGAGAGAUUAAAUCCUCCACAAUGGGAGAAUAUAAGCAGACCAAGAGGAAGAGCUGAUAUCCAUGACUCUGUUAGUGACUCGGCUCACUGCAGGACUGUUGGCAGUGUUAGGAGGAAGUGGACGUGAGCUGUAAGGCUGAUUUCCAGAGGACACAUCACUGGUCUGCAGUAAAAUAUGAGACUUAAUAGUGACAGACUGCUGAGUCAAGAAUCCAAUCUAUCGAUCUCCAGAAUGGACUCUGAACGCAACACCAUGUCAGAACGUUAAUGCAUAAAACUGCAGAGACUUUUAUAAAUCAUUGUUCCAUCACAGUUAAUUUAUUUUGUUUUUAUAAAUGACCAAAAAAAAACGGA